UAAUGAAGCACGUCUCGGUGGACCAGUCCAAUAUCGUUGGAUGUAUCCAUUUGAAAGGUUCAUUAACCAUCUCAAAUCUAAAAUGAAGAAUAAGAGAUAUGUUGAAGGGUCGAUAUGUGAUGCAUACUUGAUUGAAGAGACAACACAUUUUGCAUCAUUUUACUUUGAAGAUAAUGUGCAAAGUAGGAGGACACAGAUUGGUAGAAAUUUGAACGAUGGUGGAAUUGACCCUAACUUGCCAAGAACUUUAUCAGUUUUUAAUCGACCAGGCCGUCCAAUCGGCGCGAAAGGUCAAAGAUAUUUGGACACUAAAGAGAGAUUCGCAGCUCAUCAAUAUAUAUUGCUUAACUGUGAAGAGGUUCAACCAAUUUUAAGGUUGUAUGAGACAGGUUUACGGCAGUACAAUCCAGGUGUCACUGAUGAAGACAUUGAUAAUGAAGUCGAAAAGAAUUUUGCAAGCUGGUUUAAAGAUUAUGUUUACAAUCCUGGAAAUAAUAUUUGUAACCAAUCGUUGAUUGAUUUGGCAUGCGGCCCACUACUGCAAGCUACUACAUAUAAUGGGUAUGUUGUUAAUGGUUUUAAGUUUCAAACUGAAGAACAUUGUGUUCGAAAGUCAACAAACAAUUUUGGAGUGUCCAUAAAGGGGACAAGUUUGUCACAUGAUGAAUCAUUUUUCUUCGGCACUUUGAAAGAGAUUGUUGAAAUUGAGUACCCAAAUAUUCCAUUGAAAAGAGUGGUGUUGUUUAAUUGUGAAUGGUUUGACCCAACUCCAAAUACAGGUACCAAAUUGGAUUUUGACAGUGGUCUUGUGGAGGUGUAUUGUAGGAGACAUUAUAAAAAGUAUGAUCCUUUUAUAAUUGCACAAAAUGCAUGUCAAGUGUGUUAUAUUCCAUACCCUAGAGGUAUAAGAGAAAAAUUGAAUUGGUGGAUUGUUUUAAAUGUCCGACCAAGAGGAACAAUUGAUAAUGCUUAUAAGCACAUUGAGAGUUAUCAAUAUGAUGGCAUACCUAUGCCAACAUAUGAUGUGGGUUUAGAUCAAGAGGGUGGUGAUGAUUUACUGCACAAUCCAGUAGUUUUGGAUGAAGUUGAAGUUAACCCAAUUGGAAGUACGCAAGGAGUAGAUGACCACUAUGAAAUAGAGGAUGAGAGUGAAGAAUCUGAGCAAGAUGAUGAAGUUGUUUAUGAAGAUAGUGAGAAUGAGGAUGGAGAGAAUGUUGAAUUUAAUAGAGAUAGUGAAGAAGAUGACUGAAUGGUG